AUGAGUUCGACCAUGAUGAAUGACCUUAGUACCCAGUCCACUCACUGGCGCGCGACCUGCAGUUUUCCAACCCAUGGCGUUGAUUAUGUUGAUUACGUCAGAGGAAAAUUUGUAGAUUUUGACAUCAUAAAUUUUGUAGGAACUGUUGAUUGCAAGAAAGUAGAAUACGUGAAUAUUCGUGGCCAUCAGUGUAGUGAUUGCAGUUUGGCGUGGUGGCAAACGUCUGACGGAUACGGUCUUCACACUGAUAGUUCUACUAGCCUCUGUGGUUAUAAUCCAUCGCAAGGGGCAGGUACUUGGGAAGAUAAUUUUGGUUACUAUCGUAAUAUAAAUUCAAAUUUCCGCUGUACUGCCGACGCAAGUGCGACAACAAACUGGUGGUUUGGUGGAAAUGUUGCGUAACAUUGCCGGAUCUAAAGAAAUUCUCAAACUUGCAAAAAUAAAACACAUUACAGCUUUCGAGUGAUUACUACUGAUUUUAUAUUAGUUAUAGUUACAGUUCCUGAUCGCAAAUUUAAUUGACUUUUUUAAGAACGUAAACUUAAUGCUCUACUGUAAUUCUGAACUUCAUUCUGUUAAAUUAAAGUUGAAUAAAAAGUUUAAAAUUUUAUGCUAACCAACAUGCUAAGCAUGUCGAUAUCUUGUUUAGCUCAUAUGCAAUAGUGUUAUUAGUUUGAUAAACGAAUUAAUGUUGUUUAAUUCCUUUCAUUUCAAGGGCAGUGCAUAUUUUUGCUUUCAGUUUUCCACAUUUGCACUGUGAACCUUAUCCUAGCUAGGUAAGUGAUGGUAUUAUGGUGUGACUUACUCAGUCUGAUUUUAAAAUCUCGUUCUUUUCACUCCACGAAAAGUUUCCCUUCACCCAGGUAUAAAUAGCCGAGCGGCAUCAGUACCCUCGUCCAAAUCACUGAAGGAUAUAAAUGUGUUGCAGUCAUUGCACGUUUUUAAUCAGAAUUUAAGGAACCACAGACCGUUUUGCAUUCCCUAUCAACCCCCCACCCCGGAUCAGGGAGUUUCCUGUUUAGUUGUUAGUUGUUUCCUAGGUUUUAAUUAUAUAUUCAAUUUGACAUAUGAUUCUAAUUUCAUUUGUUUCCAUUUCAGACAUUCCAUUACGUUCAAACAUAUUGUUUGUCUUGCGCCUGAAGUCUCAGAAAAUCAUUAAUUUAAAUUUAACCCCAAACCCCCCCAUUAAUAAAUUUGAAAGGCAACGUUCAGCGAGAAAGGCUGCCUUCCAGUUAAACCCAUUUUCCACUAGGCGAAUUUGUUCGCGCGAACAGUAAAAAAGUAGGAAUUGAUCCAACAGUGCAGUGCGUUCGAUCCUUUUAGAGAAGAUGAAAUCUCACAAAUUUAUUCAUUUUAUUCACCUUGCAAAACAUUGAUAAAUUGUAUAGAACGGUUAAAUCUCAGCGAGAAGGCUUGUGUAAACACAUCAAUCAAUCCUAUAGCUCCAAUCUUUUCGAUAAAUGUGUUUCUUUUCUGUUACUUCAAAUGAAACAACCAGAAAUCGUUAUUUCACGCAUCUUAAAAAAACGUUUCAAAUCAUGACAAAUUAAGCCUUGUUUCUCUAGAAUCUAGAUGUUGGUUCCCUAUAAAUACUUUGAACAAGCUGAUUUUUGAACAGUGUUCGAGAAGCUAGUGUUAUAUUUAUUGUACUAUUUUAUAUCAAAAUUAACAACAACAAACAAAACAAAAAACCUAAAAUAUAACUAAACGAGUAAAAUCUCUCUUCGUAUUCCAAUUUAGGUCUUCAUUUAAAUAGACUUCCAGACGACUCCCUUGACACACAUUCCAUUUCUUUGUUCCCCAUGAUUGGGUCCUUACAUUUCCCUGGGUUAAGUUUCAUAUUAUGACUACUAGCAAGUCCAUGGAUGUCCAUUACCAUAUAGUUAAGCAAGCUGAUGAAUUUCUUGAUAAGAUCUCUAAGGCCGAGGUAUCGUCAACAAACUUGAUUCUUAAAGGCCAAUCUGCGAUUAGACCGUUUGUCGUUACUGCAAAUAAAAUGACUCCUGCUUCGUUCCUUGUGGAAUUCCUCCCUUCACUUUUCUCCAUUCCGACGUGGUACCUUCAAUUUUUGCGGCUUGUUGUCGAUUAGUUAAAAAUGCCGCGAUCCAUCUGAUAAGCACAGGGGAAAUUGAGAUAACGAGGUCGGGAAAUAUUAAUUACGAGGUUUGAAUAAAUCACGUGGCGUCUCUUUGGCAUGUGGCGAGCAAAAAAAGUGCAGGUGUCACGGUACUAUACUAUACUUCUUUACAGCUAGUCAAGACUGAUGUUCAAGAAUGUUUGCGCUUACUUUCUUUGCAGUUUUUGUGCUUUUUGCGAACGAAGGCAAAACACUAAACGCAGAAGGUAUUUGUUGCGAGGAAAUAGAAUCUUUGUUGAAGAACAAAACAACUGCAUACCAAACUGUGUGUUUGGGACGAGAGAGUAGAUUGUCGAGGAACUGUUGUAGAAAUAUCAAAAUUGAAAUCGAGAAAUAUCGUUAUGCCUACAAGACGUUGUGUCCAACAAUUGCAAAACCUGCGACAACACCAACAACAACACCGUCAACAACAACGGCAACAACAACAGAAGUAACUAGUUCACCCUCAACAGGUAUGUUUGUUUUUAACUGGUUUUUACCCUUUGUUUAAACAAUUCAUGCGCGCUUCGCCUCACACUGAUAAUAAUAAAGUGUUAUUGCUACUGCUCCAGGGGAGCUUGAGUCUAGGUUUCGUCGUGUUGAAAAUUUGUAGGUGGCGUUUUGGACUUCGUUGACCAAGUAAUGCAUUGCGCACUUCUGAUCGUGAUUUGCGCACGAUGCAAAAUAUAUAUGCACAGAAUACAUUACCACACUGCAACAUUGCUUGGUGCAGUGUAAUAUUAAAUUCUUAUGCUCGUCAAGACUGUCAAGUGAUAACAGCAUCGAACAAUACGAAUAGAGAGGUCACUUUUCCCCCUGCUGUUUUAAAAUUGUUACAAUACGCCAAACAAGCAUAAUUGUCAUGUGUCCCUCAAGUAAUGCUAACUCUUGAAGCACGAGUGUACGCCUGAACUGGCGUCUUAUUCAAUGUCGUUUACACAGAGUGUGGUAACCGCUACAGAAAAACAGAAUAAAUUACGGUAAAACACAACAGAAUACAAUAACGGAAGUGAAACACUCUUUGUAUUUUGACUGUAAUAACCUGUUGAUUCAAUGAACAUUCUAUUUCCCUUAUCUAGAACCUCCUGUCAUUCGAUGUAAAACUCCUUUGGGAAUUGAAAAUGGAAAUAUAUCUGAUGUAGCUAUGACGUCAUCAACCAUCCUAGACGCCAGUUCUUUGCCACAUUUUGCUCGUCUGAGAAAUCAACUUGGUGGCUGCGCAUGGAUUCCAGCGAAGAAUGCUGACCGUAACUCAUUCUGGCUUCAGGUUGACUUGGGAAGUCUGACAAAUGUGUCAGCGGUCGCUACCCAAGGCAGUUGUUCAAGUGACCAAUGGACAAAGUCAUACGUCAUCAUGUAUAGCAAAAAUGACGCGGACUGGAAAUAUUAUGGAGAACUGGGUAACAUUAGGGUUAGUAUUUAUAAAAUUCUUCCCAAAAUAAAAUGCGCACACUAAUGGUUUCAUAAUUAAUUUUGUUACGUGUUCAUUGGUAACAACGACAGCAGCAGUGUUGUAACAAAUUAUUUCAAGUCUCCAUUUGAGGCAAGAUUCGUCAGAAUUUCUCCCAGAAGUUGGCACAAGGACGCUGCCUUGCGAAUUGAGUUGCUUACUGACAGCUGCACUCUUUCUGUAAGUUAAUAAUUAAAUCUUACAACAUUUAAAUGUUGGUGUCACAGACGUUUGUCUAUGUUCGUUUGUCUAUGUAAAAUCAGGGUUUAUUAUUCCUAGCUGCUGUUUGACUCUAUCAAACACCGCGUGUAUUUCUGCUGUUUUCUCCUGUUGAUUGCCUCAUUGGACCAAUAAAUUAAGAUGGUCGUUACUGGAUCUUGAAGGAGAAGAGUCCAGAACUUACAAAUAAAUUGAAUUUGAGUUAAUAUUUCCCCUGUAGAAAUACUGCACCGACGAAGUUGGCUCUAGAGAGAACAGUUUAGAAUCAAGAGCCCUGUUUAGAACUGAUAAAGCUAUCCAGUUUAAACAAAGUUGAGAGAACUCUUUAUUUCUUCCUUCUAGCCAGUUUCUAACCCACAAGCACCACGAAGUUGUUUAGAUCAUCUGAAAAACGGUUUAAAAACCAACGGCUAUUACAACAUUUAUGACACCAGCUCAAACCUCAUCACCGUUUACUGUGAUAUGACGUCAGAGUCUGGAAAAGCCUGGACACUAGUCAUGUCUUGGGCCACACGCAACAAAGACAUGGCAGAAUUUAAAACGAAUGCAUUUUAUGUAGAUUCCCCCGUGGAUGAAAGUUUACCAAACUGGAACAGAUACCGAAUGAGUUCGAACAUGAUGAACGACCUUAGUGCCCAGUCCACUCACUGGCGAGCGACCUGCAGUUUUCGGACCCAUGGCAUUGACUAUGUUGAUUACGUCAGAGGAAAAUUUGUAGAUUUUGACGUCAUAAAUUUUGUAGGAUCUGGUGAUUGCGAGAGAGUAGAAUACGUGAAUAUUCGUGGCCAUCAGUGUAGUGAUUGUAGUAUGCCGUGGUGGCAAAAUUCUGGCGAUGGUCUUCACACUGAUAGUUCUUAUAGCUCUUGUUCUUAUAAGCCAUUGGCACGUGGGAACGAAGAUAAUUUUGGCCACUAUGGCGAAGUAAAUUCAAAGUUCCGCUGUACUGCUGACGCAAGUGCGACAACAAACUGGUGGUUUGGUGGAAAUGUUGCAUAACAUUGCCGGAUCUAAAGAAAUUCUCAAACUUGCAAAAAUCAAACACAUUACAGCUUUUGACUGAUCACUACUGAUUUUAUAUUAGUUAUAGUUACAGUUCCUGAUCGCAAAUUUAAUUGACUUUCUUAAGAACGGAAACGUAAUGCUUUAUUGUAAUUCUGGAAAAGUUGAAUAAAAAGUUUAAAAUUUUAUGCUAACCAACAUGCUAAGCAUGUCGAUAUCUUGUUUAGCUCAUAUGCAAUAGUGUGAUAAACGAAUUAAUGUUGUUUAAUUCCUUUCAUUUCAAGGGCAGUGCAUAUUUUUGCUUUCGGUUUCUAACAUUUUCAUUGUGAACCUUAUUCUAGCGAGGUAAGUGAUGGUAUUAUGGUGUGACUUACUCAGUAAGAUUUUAAAAUCUCGCUCUUUUCACUCCAGACAGUCCGCCAUAAUUUUGAGAUCAGUGGUGAGGCCACUAUGAGAUAUAGUCAACGCUUCUUGGACAUAUUAUAGCUCAGUGACAGUGUUCUUGACUUUCCAUCACGAAAUGUUUUCACUCAGGUGUAAAUAGCAGAGUGGCAUUAGUACCCUCCUCCAAAUCACUCAAGGGUAAUGUCAUUUCACGUUUUUAAUCCGAAUUUAAGGAACCGUGGACCGUUUUGCAUCCCCCCUACCUCGGAUCAGGGAGUUUCCUCUUUAGUUGUUAGCUGUUUCCUAGGUUUUAAUUAUAUAUUCAAUUUGAUAUACGAUUCUAAUUUCAUUUGUUUCCAUUUCAGACAUUCCAUUACGUUCAAACAUAUUGUUUGUCUUGCGCCUGAAGUCUCAGAAAAUCAUUAAUUUAAAUUAAACCUCCCCAUUAAUAAAUUUGAAAGGCAACGUUCAGCGAGAAAGGCUGCCUUCCAGUUAAACCCAUUUUCCACCAGGCGAAUUUGUUCGCGCGAACAGUAAAAAAGUAGGAACUGAUCCAACAGUGCAGUGCGUUCGAUCGUUUUACAGAAGAUGAAAUCUCACAAAUUUAUUCAUUUUACUCAUCUUGCAAAACAUUGAUAGAUUGUAUAGAAUGGUUAAAUCUCAGUGAGAAGGCAUUUAUAAGCACAACGAAUGUGUGUUUUUUCUGUUAUUUCAAACAAACAACCAGAAAUCGUUAUUUUACGCAUCUUAAAAAACAUUUGUUUUAAAUGAUGACAAAUUAAGCCUUGUUUCUCUAGAAUCUAGAUGUUGGUUCCCUGUAAAUAGUUUGAACAAGCUGGUUUUUGAACAAUGUUCGAGAAGCUAGUAUUAUAUUUAUCGAAUAUCGUACUAUUUUAUAUCAAAACAUCAACAAACAAAACAAAAAACCUAAAAUAUAAACUAAACGAGUAAAAUCUCUCUUCGUAUUCCUUCGACUCCCAGAAGUUUAUAAUUUGACACACAUUCCAUUUCUUUGUUCCCCAUGAUUGGGUUAACAAGAAUGUUAUGAUCAUGCAUAAAAUUAAUGAACAUCUCCUUACGCUUCCCUGGGUUAAGUUUCAUAUUAUGACUACUAGCAAAUCCAUGUUUGUCCAUUACCAUAUAGUUAAGUAAGCUGAUGGAAUUUCUUGAUAAGAUCUCUAAGGCCGAGGUAUCGUCAACAAACUUGAUUCUUAAAGGCCAAUCUGCGAUUAGUCCGUUUGUCGUUACUGCAAAUAAAAUGACUCCUGCUUCGUUCCUUGUGGAAUUCCUCCCUUCACUUUUCUCCAUUCAGACACGGUAUCUUCAAUUUUUACAGCCUGUUGUCGAUUAGUUAAAAAUGCCGUGAUCCAUCUAAUAAGCACAGGGGAAAUUGAGAUAACGAGGUCCGGAAAUAUUUGAAUUUUGAAUUUAUUUGAAUUUGAAUUUAUUAAUAAAAUAUAGACUUUGCAACCAUGAAGGUUGAAAUACAUCUAUCAUUUACAGGGUAAGGUUGAUUAGAAAAAUAUUGUAUAUUUACAAAAACAUAUUUACUAUAAUAUAGGAAGAGUUUAAAACUUUUAGUAUGAUAUUACCAUAAUAUUUACAAAUAAAAAUGUAUGUAAUUUAUAGUUACUCAGUGUUUAUUAUAAAUCGUUACAGACGAGGGAAUGUACGAAUUUUUGAAGCGAUUUGUCCGACAAUUAAUUGGAACGAGUUUAUUCGAUGUGCGUAGAUUGUAGCUUGGAUGUUCGGCUGGUUCAACUAGUUCGGAUAGAGGACUAGUUUGCGGAAGAACCUUUUUUCUAAAAAAUUUUGAACAUAACAGUUCGCGCCUAGAAUACAAUGUUGGGAUAUUGAGAUCUGAUAAGGAUUCUUUGUAUGAUGACGAUGGGUUAAUUAUUUUCAACGCUCUUGACUGGAUCCUUUCUAUUUCUUUGGAUAGGUAUUCAG